UCCACGGUUGACGGGGGGGCGCAUUACUAACGCGCUACUGUCCAAACGUGAUUUUAAAUUUAAAUGGUUCCAAAUUCGAAAAUCAAGAAAUAAAAAAUAGUUUUUACUCUUUUAUUCUUUAUCUGUGUUUAGUGUAAAAAAAAGUAUUAAAAUGGCGCGAUAACAAAUUUAUUGUGAACUACAUUUGUUUUAAUAUUUUAGUUUUAUUGUUAAUUUUGUAAUUUAUAUAAAGAAUUAUGUAAAUAUUAUUGUUUAAUUGUAGAUACUGUGAUUUGUUGCAUGUAUAAGUUUAUCGAGCAUUUGAAACAAAUAUUUUCCUCUAUAUAAAUGAACGCGAUCGAGCAAGAUGAUAACGUCGCUGAAUGGAAGAGGAAUAAUAUUAAUUCUACUUUUUAUUUUGUACGGAACAGCUGAUGUUCAAUCCAGUUUACCGGUAGACUUGGCCUCAGAAGAAAAAGUACUACCACCAACCACACUAUCUCUCACAUCAACCUCAUCAGUCAGCACAACAAUUAAUGUAUCCACGUCAACAUAUGCCACAGUAAUACCGCCCAUACCACCCAGCGAUAGAGACAGGUUCCUCACCUUCGCGGAGUCAGGUCACCAUCGCACGUUUAUGUUCGCUAAAGACAACACGUUUAUACAGUUAGAUGGUGAUAUAAUACAGAGAUUUCAGUUGAGAUUAUGCAGGGAAAUAUCGUUCAAAUUCCGCACGAGGCUUCCUCAUGGCCUGCUCGUGUAUCAUAAUGUUAAGAAUCCCGUAUUCAAGAUGCAACCUUACGCCUUAUACGUAAUCGUAGAAAAAGGAGAGUUGAAAGUGGUGCACGUAUUUGGCAAGCACCUAACAUCGGUAACGGUGGGCCGUGCACUCAACAGGGACCAAUGGCACAGUGUGGUGGUUACCAUCGACGUCCACGGGGCACGGCUCAUCGCUAAAGUCGAUCAACUAAAAGAGGAGGUAUAUUUAAAGGGAUUAAGUUUUGACACAAACUAUGGUAUUACAGAUAAUCUAACAUCGGUCAUUUUAAUUGGAGGUCUAAGUUCAGAAGAAAAAUUACACGGCGUCAAAUACAUAAUAGAAUCAUUCGUUGGCUGUAUUAGUGAUAUGGUACUAAGCUCAGGGAAAGCGGCCUCUGAUCUAUUGCCAAUAGUACCACUCAUAGCUACAAAACAUGAAAAUGUUAAGGAAGGAUGUAUAGACAAAUGUAAAACCACAGAGAAUCUAUGUUUCGAAGGUUCUAGAUGCAUAAAUGAAUAUAAUGGAUAUAGAUGUGAUUGUUUUGGUACUUUGUAUGAGGAACAGCUCUGCGAUGUUUACACGGCGACAGUUCUCACUUUACGCGGCUCCAGUUACGUAUCGUAUCGAGUUUACGAUUGGAAAGAUCGAGUGCACUCCACCAAUACGAGAGUGAGCCUACAUUUUAAGACGCGUUUCGAUGACUCAGCUCUGUUUUACGCGAGCGGGCAAAUCGACGACAAACACCAUUACAUUGCUCUCUCAAUACAUCAAGAAAAGGUUGCUAUCCAAAUAGAUUUAGGCGAUGGUCCUGUAGAAGAUUAUAUAGGCGAUAAAGUCAAUAAUAACCGAUGGCAUAACCUCACUGUUGUAUUACAAGAAAAGAACGUGUUCGUUUAUUUUGACGACAAAAAAGGUGUGUACGAAGUACCGGGCGAUGCGAAAUUUGUAUGCAUAGAUCCCGAAAUAUAUAUAUGCGGUGGUCCAGACUUACAUAAAAUGAAGGGACUGAAGUCAUUCAACAAUUUCGCUGGCAACUUAAAGUACGUUUAUUACAACGAUGUUUCAAUACUUUAUGAAUUAAAACAGAAUAAUACUAAAGUGCAUUAUAUCGGCGUGCUAGACCCUGAAUUCGAAGAGAUCGAUAUAGAAGUGAUACCAAUAACAUAUCCUUUCGCAACGUCCCAUAUAUGGUGGCCGCUGAAUCAGAGUCACAGUAUAAACUUGAUAUUUGACUUUAAGACGAGCAAGAAUAUGGCGGUGUUGGCAUACAGUCAGAUUACCUCAGGCCAAGGUUAUUGGGAGGUAAGAAUGGUAAAAGAGGAGAUCAGAUUCGAAUUAGUACCGGACGUGGGCAAGAACGUGACUGUACUGAAAUCGGUAAAAUUCAACGUAAGCAACGACUGGCAUACAGUGGAAAUAGACUAUAGGAAAGGAAGGAUCAAGCUCACUGUGGACUAUCACAAUAAACACGCGCAAAUGUUUGGUCUCGAUUUUCAACUGCAAGACAAGAUCGUUAUUGGAAGCGGGCUCAAGUCGGCCAACUUGGGUCUGAUUGGGUGCAUGAGGAACAUAAAGAUUAACGGCUUACUCAUAGAACCAAGAUAUGUAAUAAAUACCGAACGCGUAGUCGGCGAAGUAGCAAUCGACGACUGUCGGUAUGUCGACCCGUGCACUAGACCCAAUACUUGCGAACAUGGUGGCAUCUGCUCCAUCAGAGAAGACAGAGUUAUCUGCAACUGUGAUAAUACAGGUUAUAUCGGUGAAAACUGCCAUUUUGCUACCUUCCGCAAAACCUGCGAAGAAUUAGCUCUACUUGGAUACACUAGAAACGAUGUUUACCUCAUAGAUAUUGAUGGUAAUGGCAGGUUCCCUCCAGCACACGUGAAAUGCGAGUUUCAAAUCGAAGCAGAUUCCUCUACCACUGUCGUCGAACAUAAUUUACCUAGUCAAGUUGAUGUACGCUCAGCUCUGGGCCAAGAUUUUAGCUUCAAGAUCAAGUAUCGAGAAUUUACAGCGGAGAUGCUCCAAGAAUUAAUUUCGCACUCGUUGUUCUGCCGCCAGUAUAUUAAAUAUGACUGUAAUAUGGCGCCUUUGGAACUACACAGUGCAACAUGGUUCAUAUCGUCAUCUAACGAUACUGUAGAUUUCUUAGGGAAUGUUAAGAGAGGUUACUGUCCAUGCGGCGUCAAUGCGACCUGUGUCAAACCAACACAGUCUUGCAACUGUGACGCUAACGACAACAAAUGGCAUUCUGAUGAAGGGACACUGGUCGAUCCGAAGAGUUUGGGUAUAAUUGAGAUGUUCUUUCUACAACAAAAGGAUUUAACCGAAGAAGCUCAAGGAAGAAUUACUUUGGGCCCGUUGGAAUGUGUAGAAACAAAUACACAACGAUACGUGGUGACAUUUACAACCUCGCAGUCGUACAUUGAAGUGCCGGGUUGGCGCAAAGGUGAUAUUGCAUUCAGCUUCAGAACAACUGGAACCAGCGCUAUACUGUUGUUCCAACCACCUAUAAGACCCAAUUAUCCCUCGUUUAUGGUUGCUUUGACUAGUGAACACGAGCUCACCUUCAAUUUCACACUCAACACCGGUACCACUCGUAAAUUAGUAAUAAACUCCAAAAGAAAAUUAAACGGUGGUGAAUGGCACAAAAUAUGGAUAGACUACAACUUCUAUCAUGUGAGAUUUAUGCUCAAUACGGAGUAUCAGAUGUUGAAUUUAUUGCUAGAAGAAGAGUUCGGACCGUUUGAAGGAUCUAUGUUCAUCGGUGGAGCUACAGCAGAACAUCUGAAAAAAUCCGCCGUCAACCAAGGCUUAAUCGGUUGCUUUAGAGGUCUGGUUGUAAAUGGUGAAGUUCUAGACAUAUAUAGUUACAUGUCUGUUCAUUUAUCUGAAAUAAUCAAAGACUGUAAGCCAUCCUGCGUACCAAACCCAUGUCAGAACAAAGCUACCUGCAAAGAACUGUGGUCGUCUUAUGAAUGCAUAUGUAAGAAUCCAUGGGCACAUUUAGGAGUACAUUGUGAAGAAAAUAUAAACAAAAAAGCUUUAACAUUCCAAACAAAAGAGUCAUAUGUAAAAAAGAAUUAUUUAGUAGACAAUGCAACCGAUGCAGAAAAACAUAGACUGAAAAAAAUGAUGACUGAGAACGUAUUAAUGAACCUACGAACAUAUGACCAAAACUCUCUAGUACUAUACGCUAACGAUAACUUGAAUAAUUUCAUACAUUUAUUUAUACAUAACGGGACACAAAUAAUUUAUCUAUUUAACCAUGAAGACGAAAUAAUUCAAAUGAAUGUGACGAAUGAAAAAAUCAAUAAAGGUGAAAGUGUACAAAUCGCUAUUAUAAGAACGGAAAAUACAACAACACUGCACGUGAAUAACAAAAAUGCUGCAACAACAAAAGUAGCGAAAUUGUUAACUAAUUAUACAAACAAACCUUGGAUUAAUCCUGAAUUAGAAGUAAUCCGUCCACAAAGGCCGCCAGCGCCUCCAACCGACUACUUCCAAAUGAAUCUCGGUGGUUACGAUCCAUAUUCAUUACAUUUAGCCCCGAGAGCUGAACUUCUACCGCAAGGAGGUUAUGUGGGCUGUGUCAGAGGGUUCAAAAUAGCUGAUCAUGUGGUUGACUUGUCUAAGAAGGUACAACAGGAUAUCGACCAUGAACUAGAAGGAGUCUUACCGGAAUGCAAUAUGAAAUGUGACUCCGAGCCUUGCAAGAACGGCGGAAUAUGCACUGAGGACUUCACCAACCAAGAAAGUAGCUGCGACUGUGAACUCACUAGCUACUUUGGGGAAUACUGCAUGGAAGAGAAAGGUGCAGACUUCAAUGGAGAAAGCAUAUUGCAACGCAAAUUUAUACUCUCUGGACCUAUUACUAAGGUCAAAAUAAAAUUGGCAUUUUCAAGCAACGAUCUUCGUCAGAAGAACACAGUUCUAUUAUUGGUGCAGACUGAGAACAAACGCAGCUAUUAUUUACUAGUAGCAAUAACACAAGACGGUUAUUUGAAAUUUGAAGAAGAUCGAGAAGAGUCAGCAUAUGGCGCUGAAGUUAAGAACAGAAAUUUUUUGAAUGGUGCUCGUCAUACAGUUUACUAUACAAGAAUAGGUCAUGAAGCAACAUUAAUUAUAGAUCGAAUAGAAAUACCUCUAGAGAAAUUACCACCACAAAGCCUGUGGGAAGUGUUUGACGUGGGCUCUAAUGAGGUGCAAAUUGGUGGUCUGAAUACCACUGACCCAAGACUUAAAAUUUAUAAAGGAUAUAAUGGUUGCCUCUCUAACAUAUUUGUAGAAAUAAAUGAGUACAUAAUGAAACCUUUAGAAGAGUACAUGCUCUUCACCCGAUCUGACUCCGAAAAAGUGAAUGCUGUAAACGCACAAGGUGUUCGUAGUGCGCAAUGUUCUGCCGAUUUCGACGAAGCCUGGCCAGAGCGGGAUCAGCUUGGAGCCACGCACAACGGCAGUUUUCUCAUUAGUGUGGACAAGACUUGGGUAGAAGAUCCUCCAUCGAGAAUACCAUACGACUCCCUAUACCAGCAGCCAGAUGCUGAAGAAGAGAACACUGACAAGUUCUUUAUAGCGUUAAUUGUGAUAUUUAUACUGGGACUUUGUUACACUGGAUCACACAUGUGGCGAACGCACAAGGCUCAUAAAUUGCGUUUAGAAAAGGAAACAGAUGAAAACAUAAUGAGAAGUAAAGAGAAGGCUACAAAAUUGCAAGAGCCAGCAGUUUCAUUUUUGCAGCUAAGCAAAGAAGAUGACGAAAAUGGUAAAGAAGGUGAUAAAAAAGUCAAUGGAGUCACUAUCGAAAUACCUACAGUUUUGGUAGAAAUGGUGAAUGAAAAUAAACUCCCUAUAAGACGAGGCUCUCUAAGAUUCAAAGACAUUGUAGAUAAAGAAAGGGCUUUUGAAACACUUGAAGAAAAAGACGAAAGUCUAGAAGAUGAGGAAUCUCAAGAAGACAUAACUGACGCUAUACAGGAAGAAGUUAGCGAAGACGAUUCAGCAACAGAAGAUGACACCAAAGAUGAAGAACCGGAUCCUGAACAGGAGACCGAACUAAUUCCCAUACAGGAUAUCAGUCGAAACACUAAAGACCAUAAAGGGCCACCGUCACUGAUAACUCCAUUACCUUAUAAGAUAGACGAAGAUGGAUCUAAUGAACUACUGACAUUAAGUGCAUAGAAUAUUAAUAGUUUGUAUAUUUAAUAAAAAUGAAUUAUUUUAUCAUC